AACAAUUUCAUCAACCUCAGCUUUCUCCGCCUCUUCCGUGCUGCCCGGCUCAUCAAGCUGCUGCACCGAGGCUACACCAUCCGCAUCCUGCUGUGGACCUUCGUCCAGUCCUUCAAGGCCCUGCCCUACAUGUGUCUGCUCAUCACCAUACUGUUCUUCAUCUACGCCACCAUCGGCAUGCAGGUUUUUGGAAAUAUUGCCCUGGAUGAUGACACCAGCAUCAACCGGCGCAAUACCUUCAGGACGUUUUUGCAAGCCUUGAUGCUGCUGUUCAG